AUGUCCGCUGAAAGUGUUGAAAGUGAUUUAGAAAACCUAGAUAUAAAAUACUAUGAUUUCAAACAAUUUGAAGUUCUCGAAACAAUCGGUGUUGGUACAUUUGCAACCGUACACAAAGCAAAAUUAAUCGAUUCUGGCUUAGAUACAGAAUACAUUGCGUUGAAAUUAACAUUAUUAAUAAUACAACCAAUUCAGAUUAAACUACAAAUGAAAAUGGGCAUUGAUGAUCAAAUUAUACAAGUUUAUGGACUCUCUAAAACGCAAGUCGCAAAAUUUGAUAGCAAGCUUAGCUAUGUACUAGUAUUAGAAUUUGCCGACAGUGGUACUCUAAGGCAUUAUUUACAAGAAAACCAAAACCUUAGUUGGUUCGACAAACUCCAUUUAGCCCAACAGCUUGCAGAAGCCAUUAUGCAUAUGCAUUCCGCUGGUGUUAUACAUAGGGAUCUU